UCCCCUCCGAGACUCCACACCAUGGAGGAGCUGAGGGGCAGCAGGCUACCAAGGCGACAUUCUCCAGCUUUGGCCCUGUGCCGUGCGUCACUGCUGGUCCUGCUCUUUGCAGGGCGCAGCAGCAUGGGGGAUCAGGGAGUGCCCGGCAUUCAAGGCUGCAAGCAAGCCCCGCAGACAGUGUCGGUGCUGGGGGCUCUGCCCGGAGGCGGCUGGGACAACCUGCGCAACGUGGAGCUGGGGUUGGUGCUAAUGCGCAACUACUCACAGUGCCGCACCACGGAGGACGGCGAGUACCUGAUCCCAGACCAAGUGCACGUAGUGCCGCAGCGGGAGAGCGUGGUGGAGACCCGCGCCGAGCUCAUAGACGAGUGGCUCAGCUACACCGACACCUGGGCGGCCUCCAUCAACACCGAGCUCUCCUUCCUCCCCAGCCUCAAUGGUAAGUUCUCCGUCGACUUCCAGAACGUCAAGAAGUACAACCUGGAGUACGAGACGGUCACGACCAGAGUGCAGGUCCGCUACAAUAUCUACUCUGUGAAGGUCCCGGAGGCCCCCGACUUCCACCCCGCCUUUCUGCAGCACCUGCUGACCCUCAGCGACCACCUGGAGAACAACCAGACCCAGGAGGCCGAAUACCUGGCAGAGAUGCUUGUGCUCAGGUACGGCACGCACGUCCUCACCCACGUGGAGGCCGGGGCUACCUUGGUGCAAGAGGACCAGGUGAAGCGGGAACUGGUGGGCAGGCAGGCCGGAGAGAGAAGCAACAUCACGUUGGCCGCCUCGGCCAUGUUUUACCACGUGGUCAACGUCGGGGCCUCAGCCUCCUGGCAGGAGCAGAACCAGCUCAUCCAGGACUACGUGCAGAACCUGGUAGCCUCCAAGACGCGCAGCCACGGCGGGGCGCCCUUCUACCCGGGCAUCACCCUGCAGAAGUGGCAGGAGGGCAUCGGCAACCGGUUGGUGGCCAUCGGCAGGUCGGGCCUGCCCCUGCCCGCGUUACUGGAGCCCGAGGCGCUGCCUGAGCUCCCGGCGCCCGCCGUGCGCCGCGUGGCGGCCACCGUGCGGCGCGCCAUCCACCGCUACUACGCGGUCAACGCACACCCGGGCUGCGUGAGGCUCGGGGCGCCCGCCUUCAAUCCCCAGGCCAACGUGGACGACGGCUCCUGCGACGGCGGUCCCCAAGCCAACUUCAGCUUCGGGGGCGUUUUCCAGGAGUGCAAAGCCGUGUCCGGGAAGGACGCGGAUGGCCUCUGCCAGGCCUAUCGCGUCCCGAACCCACUCACCGGCAACGCCUCUUGCCCCGCCAACUACAAGGCCAGCGUCCUGCACAGCGAGCUGAAGACAUCAAGCAAGACCCGCUCUGAGUGCCAGCAGCAGUGCCAGAGGUGCUGGCUCUUCUUCCAGUGCUGCCAGCCGCAGUGCGCCAUCCGCGAGCAGCGCAGCGUGGUGCGCCUGGACGCCUCCUGGUGCGUGCCCACCCAGUCCUCCCUGCCUGCCGCUGCGGGCUUCCUCUUCGGAGGCCUCUACAGCCCCGACCACCCAAACCCGCUCACUAGGGGCCAGACCUGCCCCCCCUACUUCUACCCACUGGCACUCUUUGGGGACCUCAGGGUGUGUGUCAGCAGCGACUUAGAGCUGUGUACAGCCCAGGCCGUUCCUUUUGGGGGUUUCUUCAGCUGCCAGAUGGGCAACCCCUUGGCCGGCCUCAUGAAGGGCCAGAGCCCUGGGCUCCUGCAGGAGAUGUUCUACCAGGACAGUCCCACAGCCCACCCCAUGAAGUGUCCAGCAGGGUACAGCCAACACCAGGCUUACCUCAGCGAGGGGUGCCAAAUCCUCUACUGCCUCAGGGCCGGGGCCCUCCUGGACCAGGAGCAGGCAGCUGUGCGCAUGCCCCCAUUUCUCCCCCGCCCCCCCUUGAUCAACAACAGCUACCUCUCCUACCGGGUGGACGCCAGUGGUCAGCAUGUCUGGGUGAGGCCGAAAGGCUCUGACCACUGGCAGCAGGCCAACAUCAAUGACCAGUCCCUGCCAGUCAACCCCUUGAACCAGGCUGGCUCCGGGCCCAGCCUCGGGGCCAUUGUUGGCACCUGUGUGGGGACCACAGUGGCUCUGGUGGCUGUUGCUCUGGGGGUAAGCUAUGGCUUCAGGUACUAUAAGAAAGGGGGCUACCAGAAAAUGCAGGGGGGCAUUCUGACCCAGGAACAGAGCACCUACGGGGCCACUGAGCCGGAUGCAGAACACGUCUCUGUCUGCACAGGCAACCCGGAGAAUUCUGUCUAAACCUUUAAGUAACCAAACACAAAUGUGGCUUGUUAGUAAUUAAAGCUUUAGCCCAUUCUGUUCCUUCUACCCUACAUAAAUAGUAAGAUACCCAGCCAGAGCAUAGAAUUGGCCCCACCUUCUGAGCGUACCAAUGUAGAACUAAACUGCUUCUUUGAACCUUCCUGUAACUCGCCUAACACAUGUUCGUCCCUGUGACAAUCCCUUUCCUUAACGUCCUCUGCCCUCUGCCCCCACCGUUCUCCAUGGCGGCAAGGAGCCA